UUUCCUCUCAGUCUUUGAGGAGGAUGGAGCUGGAAAUCUAAACAGGGCUCUGGAGCGUGCAGAGUUCCAGCGAAGCUCCGAGCCUGACCUCCUUUUCCUACUGAGCGUGUCGCCAGAUCUCUCCGGCCCCGCAGAUCAGUCACCCCACUGACCACCCUGUCAGAACACUAUGAAGCUCUGGGUUGUGCUUUGCAUCGCUCUGCUCUGGGUGGAGAUCCAAAAUGGUGCUUGCCAACAAGUCAAGAGGAGAAAGGACAUAGGAGAGAACCGCAUCCGGAAAAGGGAAAAAAUGCCACACCCACACCCCAAACUAAAAGGUGGAGGAGGGAAAGGCCAGACCUUGUUGACCCAGGUUUUAGAUAAGGGACGCUUCCUGCGCCUGGGCCAGAGUACAACUCUGACUCCUGGGAAGAACAUGGAGCUGCGCUGCAAAGGCAAUUCUAUUGGAUGGUCAUACCCAACCCUCUUGGACACCUUCAACGACUCCCGCCUCAGCAUCAAGCAGAGUGACAAGUAUAGUCAGCUGAUCCUGACGUCGCCCUCUGCUGCUGACACAGGGCCCUACAGUUGCUGGGUGAUAGUGUGUGAUGGCACAGAGUGUGAGAAGGACCACGAACGCACCUAUGGCUCAUACAUCUAUUUCACAGACAAAGACAACCUCUUCGUCCCUUCUGCCAUCCACUUUGAGAUCGUGUACCUGCGCCCAGACAGGCCUGCUGUGGUGCCCUGUCGUGUGACCGACCCGCAGGCUAAGUUGUCCCUGCACAGAGAAGUCCCUCCGGAGGAGAUUGCAGCCAACGAGACGCUGGUGACCUAUGACCCCACCAAGGGGUUUGUCCUGCAGAAUCCCAGCCUAGAGCAUCAGGGGGUCUUCUACUGCAAGGCUGUGAGCAAGGGCACCCCUCAGAUCUCCACAAAGUACCAGCUGCUCUAUGUGGAGGUUCCUAGCGGGCCACCAUUUGUGAGCCUUGACGCCUCUGCGGAGUCUGCGAGAGGAGGCGACAACAUCAAUGUAACCUGCACAGUGCUGGGGGAGCCAGAGGUGGACGUGAGCUUCACGUGGUCUUACCCUGGUCAGGACCACCGUCCCGUUCACAUUCAAACAUCCUGGAGGCUGGUUAACAGAGGUAUGGGCCACACCACGCGGGUCUCUCAGAGCGUCAUGACCGUAGAAGACAUGGAGACCAUCGACUUUGGAAGCUACAUCUGUAAAGCCAAGAACCAGCAUGGUGAGACCAUUGUGAUGACCAACAUCAUCUCUAAAUAGCCCCAACAGAGGAGCCUGUGUUAUGGUUUUGUUUGAUGGGAGUGUGUUGUAGCAAUACAACUAACACACCCGUGAGACCAGAUGAAAUCAACAUGUACAUACAUUAAAAUUGUGUAGUGUAUUAAGUGUAUUUUUAGAAUCUUUUUAAUAAAGAUUCACUACACUUUUUAU